UUAAUUCAUAACAUAUACAACAGUUUAAUUGUUCUUCCUCCUAACAUAUGUCGGUCAGGUUGACUUCUGAAACUCCUGCUUUAGGAGGAAAAGCUCAGCUGCACUCGGACAGUUUUUCGCUGGGACUCAGAAUAAUGCUGCUUUGGACCACUCUGUACAAGGCGGCCACUGAUCACUACAAUCAGCUCUCCUAUCCAGGUCAAAUGGAUCCAGCUGUCAGCACAAAGUGUCAAAACUAUCGCUUGGUAUCUGCAACAGUAUCCUCCGUGGACAAGUGUGUUGAGUGUCUGGGACUUAUAUCUUCCUACAAGUGGCUUGGCUAUGUAUGCAAAGAUGAGAUUGUGUUCAGUGACGCUGAAGCCAGUGCAAGGGAAUCUGAUGACUGCAGCACGGCAGUCACAGCAACAGAAUGUGGAACUGUGGAGCCUAUGGAUACUGACGCUACAAUCAAAGAGCAAGUUCAUGACAUGGAAGAUUUUGGACAAGAUGCUUGUGAAGACCAGCAUAGAAGAGUGCCAAAGAAAGUGUGGUUGAAGGCUGAGGUUGCCGCAGUAUUGCGACAUUUCAGAGAUCACAUUCAAAAAGGAAAACUGGCCACCAAAAAUGAAUGUAGUCAAUGCAAGCUGGUAGAAGGCCCUGUGCUAGCACAAAGAACAGUGCAAAAUAUUAGGGACUUUGUUAGAAACAGAGGAAUAGCUGCAAAGAGGCAGUCAGAGAAAAAAAAGCUUUAAAUUCGCUGUCAGCCUUUUGUGUUAUUCUUAACACUUGGAGAUAGAUUAGUCCAAACCAACUGUAUGGAGCCAUUUUAAGUUGUUAUUUUGUUUUGUCAUGUUACGAAGUCUUAUGUUUGUAUAGCAGAAUGCUGCUCGGUUUUGCUGUGAAGCAGCAGAAAUGUAAAGUCAUCCUUAAAUA